AAUCGAGGGAACUCUAUAAUGGCCUAACAAGAUGGCCGGUCAUUCUUGCGGCCACGAGCAUCAUGAACACGAUCAUUCAGGUCCUGAUCUUGGCGCUUUGUACAGUCUGUAUACAAAAAUCGAUAUACAAAAAGUAGAAUGUUUAAAUGAAGAAACUGAUGGAUCAGGAAAAUUUGUUUUCAAAGCCUGGGAUAAAAGAAUGGAGACAGACAAGUAUGUACAAAGUGAUGCAGACGAAGAGUUAUUAUUCAAUAUUCCAUUUACUGGGAAUGUCAAGUUAAAAGGUGUCAUUGUUAUUGGGGGAGAAAAUGAUAUGCAUCCAUCAAAAAUGAAACUAUUUAAAAACAGACCAAAAAUGAGCUUUGAUGACACAAGUCAACACUGUGACGAGGAAUUUGAUCUUCAACCAGAUUAUAAAGGAGAAUUAGAAUACAACACCAAAGUUGCAAGAUUCUCUAAUGUGGAACAUUUGUCAAUUUACUUCCCUACAAAUUUUGGGAAUGACAAUACAAGAGUAUACUACAUUGGACUCAAAGGAGAUUUCACCCAGGCCCAUAAGCAUGGAGUAACAAUUUGCACAUAUGAAUCAAGAGCGAAUCCUGCAGACCAUGAAAGCAAAGCUUAUGAUCCAACAUCACAAUUUAUACACUAAACAAAACCUGUAAGGUGGCUUGGCGUUCAAUUAACUAAAAAAAAUGAAAAAAGCUUAUCUUGUAAACUUCAUCAUUUCUGCUUAAAUUAAACAAUCAGUUCAAAGACAA